GCUGUUUUGGUCAGCUCGGCUCCCCACCCCCACCCGCCUUUCGUCGGUUCGGAAUUCCUUGUUCAAGCCGAAGAGGCAGACAGGAAGGAGGUGCGUACGUGGCUGACGCUAUGGAUCGUGUGCUUAGCCGGGAUCCUGUGGAUAUUGAGAAUAUCCUAGCUCUAAACCCUUGCAAACAAACUCAUGCGUCUUUGAAUUCAACGGCAGCAAAGAAACAUGAGAAAAAACACUGGAAAAGGAACGUGGAUAAAAACUAUUCAAACUGCGAGAAGCUGGAAAAUAAUUUUGAUGACAUCAAGCACACGACUGUGGGUGAGCGAGGAGCACUUCGAGAAGCAAUGAGGUGCUUAAAGUGUGCAGAUGCCCCCUGUCAGAAGAGCUGCCCAACUAAUCUAGACAUCAAGUCAUUUAUCACAAGUAUUGCAAACAAGAACUACUAUGGAGCUGCCAAAAUGAUCUUUUCCGACAACCCUCUCGGGCUGACAUGCGGGAUGGUAUGUCCGACUUCAGAUCUCUGUGUGGGUGGAUGCAAUUUAUAUGCUACCGAGGAGGGACCAAUUAAUAUUGGUGGACUGCAGCAAUUUGCUACCGAGGUAUUUAGAGCAAUGAAUAUCCCACAGAUUAGAAAUCCAGCUUUGCCACCGCUGAACGAGAUGCCUGAAGCUUACCAUGCCAAGAUCGCUCUUCUUGGAGCAGGACCUGCAAGUAUAAGCUGCGCAACAUUUUUGGCUCGACUGGGGUACUCUGAUAUCACAAUUUUUGAAAAGGAAGGCUAUGUUGGUGGCUUAAGUACAUCUGAAAUCCCCCAGUUCCGGCUGCCAUAUGAUGUAGUACAUUUCGAAACUGAGCUUAUGAAAGACCUCGGAGUGAAGAUCGUUUGCGGCAGAGGCCUUUCAGUGGAAGGAUUGACACUCAGUGCCUUGAAGGAAGACGAUUACAAAGCAAUCUUUAUUGGAAUUGGUCUACCAGAACCAAAGAGAGAAUCUGUAUUUCAAGGUUUGGGAAUGGAUGAAGGAUUUUACACAUCGAAGGACUUCUUGCCACUGGUAGCUAUGGCAAGUAAACCAGGAAUGUGUGCCUGUCGCUCUCCAUUGCCAUCAAUACGGGGAACGGUGAUUGUUCUCGGAGCAGGCGACACCGCGUUCGACUGUGCCACGUCGGCUUUGCGCUGUGGAGCUCACCGUGUCUUUGUGGUCUUCAGAAAAGGAUUUACCAAUAUACGGGCCGUCCCCGAGGAGAUGGAACUUGCAAAGGAAGAAAAGUGUGAAUUUCUGCCUUUCCUUUCCCCUCGGAAGGUUGUAGUCAAAGGAAGAAAAAUUGUUGCUAUGGAAUUUGUUCGGACUGAGCAGGAUGAAGGUGGAAACUGGAAUGAAGACCAAGAUCAGGUUGUCCGUCUGAAAGCAGAUGUCGUGAUCAGUGCCUUCGGUUCAGUCCUAAGUGAUUCUAAAGUAAAAGGGGCUCUGCACCCUCUCAAGUUUAACAAAUGGGGCCUCCCUGAAGUUGAUCUAGAGACCAUGCAAACAAGCGAGCCGGGGAUUUUCGCAGGAGGUGACAUUAGUGGACUGGCCAACACUACAGUGGAAUCUGUGAAUGACGGAAAGCAAGCUUCGUGGUACAUGCACAAAUACAUACAGUCUUUAUAUGCUGGUGCAGUUCCUGAUGUACCCCGGUUGCCUCUUUUCUACACACCUAUUGACUUAGUAGACAUCAGCGUAGAAAUGGCUGGACUCCAGUUCCCAAACCCUUUUGGCCUUGCCAGCGCGACUCCAACUACAAGCUCACCAAUGAUCCGCAGAGCUUUUGAAGCAGGAUGGGGAUUUGCACUCACCAAGACCUUUAGUCUGGACAAGGACAUUGUAACGAACGUUUCUCCAAGAAUAGUACGUGGAAGUACCUCGGGUCCCAUCUACGGUCCUGGCCAAGGUUCUUUCCUGAACAUUGAGCUCAUCAGUGAGAAAACAGCAGCCUAUUGGUGUAAAAGUGUCACUGAACUGAAGACUGACUUCCCUGAUAAAAUUGUCAUCGCCAGCAUUAUGUGCAGCUAUAAUAAAGACGAUUGGACUGAACUUUCAAAAAUGGCUGAGGCGUCUGGAGCUGAUGCCCUGGAGUUGAAUUUAUCAUGUCCGCAUGGCAUGGGGGAGAGAGGAAUGGGCUUGGCCUGUGGGCAGGAUCCAGAGCUGGUGCGCAACAUCUGUCGCUGGGUGAGGCAAGCUGUUCGGAUUCCUUUCUUUGCCAAGCUGACCCCAAAUGUCACCAACAUUGUGAACAUUGCAACGGCUUCCCGAGAAGGUGGUGCAGAUGGUGUUACGGCCACCAACACCGUGUCAGGGCUGAUGGGACUGAGAGCAGAUGGCACACCUUGGCCUUCAGUUGGACUGGGGAACAAGACCACAUAUGGUGGCGUAUCAGGAAAUGCCAUCCGACCCAUAGCUCUUCGUGCCGUUUCUGCGAUUGCUGGUGCUCUUCCAGGAUUUCCUAUCUUAGCGACAGGAGGCAUUGACUCAGCGGAAAGUGGCCUGCAAUUUCUUCAUAGUGGUGCUUCUGUUUUACAGGUAUGCAGCGCAAUACAGAAUCAAGACUUCACUGUGAUUGAAGAUUACUGCACUGGGCUCAGGGCUUUGCUUUAUCUGCAGAGCAUUGAGGAACUUCAAGACUGGGAUGGACAAAGCCAACCAACUAUGAGGCAUCAGAAAGGAAAAGCUGUGCCCAAAAUUGUUGACCUGAUGGGAAAGAAACUUCCCAGUUUUGGCCCCUACCUUGAACAACGCAAAAAGAUAAUAGCUGAGAAUAAGAUGAAACUGAAGGAACAGAGCAGCCCACUUCCUCAACUGGAGAAAAAACAUUUUGUUCCAAAGAAGCCCAUCCCAACAGUGAAGGAUGUAAUUGGAAAAGCACUGCGGUAUAUUGGAACAUAUGGAGAGCUCAGUAAUACGGAGCAAGUUGUGGCUCUGAUUGAUGAGGAAAUGUGUAUCAACUGUGGCAAAUGCUACAUGACCUGUAAUGAUUCUGGCUACCAGGCUAUACAAUUUGAUCCAGAAAUCCACCUGCCCACUGUUACCGACAGUUGUACAGGCUGCACUCUGUGUCUCAGUGUCUGCCCUAUUAUUGACUGCAUCCGAAUGGUUUCCAGGACAACACCUUAUGAACCAAAGAGAGGCCUGCCCUUAGCUGUGAACCCAGUGUGCUGAGGUGAUCAGACCAGCAGUUAAAGGGAACCUUACAUUUGCUUGAUUCUAUUGAUUUGCUUUCUAAUUAGUACCAGCAACUCCAACUAUGUUAAAAGAAAAAGAACCUAAUGAUGGCAACCAUUAUAAGGCCGUUAUAUCUUCCAAUCUUUUUUUUAAGGCUUCAGACAAGCAGCAGUUAGUUUAUCAAAUGUUACCUCUCCUUGUCUUUUCUGAGAAGCAUAACUUGUUUUUCCCUGCCUUUCUUCUUCUUCUUCUUCUUCUUCUUCUUCUUCUUCUUCUUCUUCUUCUUCUUCUUCUUCUUCUUCUUUUGCAAAUCAUUAUAUGUUCUGAUUUGCGUGAUUUUGUAUCCACCAACAACCACAAAAUGAAGGGAACUUUUUUCUAACCUACUAAACCCCCACAUGCGGACAAACUUUGUUACCAGGGAAACAUUUAGUAAUUACACAUUUCCUUUCCUUUUAAAACUGUUUGUUAGAAGAUGUAAUUAACUACAAAACACACAAACAAGGCAGUGUGGAUUGUGUGUGUGUUUUUACAGAAAGAUAUAAAAUAGAGGUUUCAGCGGGUAUUUCUGAACUAUUAAUCAGCUUCAAUGGCUGCAACAUAUGGCACUCUAUUACCUAAAUUCUACUUCUGACUAGGCAUUAAAAACUGCCUUUGCAAAUUCAGUGCACUCUUUGCCAUUUAAUGUUUUUCAGUUGGUAGCAUGAUUUCUUUGUUUCUGUUAAUGAACCUCCAGAGCAUGCCAAUUAACUGUAUUCUUUCAAAUGUAAGCAUUAGCUCAAGAAUCUGAUUUAUAGUGGGUUUUCUCUGUUGCAUUGGUGUUCUGUUUGGAAGAUGAGAUUGUUAGAAUAAUAGUACGUAAUGGAUGAAACUAAGAAUAACAGUGUUCAUAAUGUACUAUAUGUACCAGAUAUCUCAGACAACUUUCUGAGUGUUUCAUGUUUAACAGAGAUUAUUAGCAUUAACACCUUGUGUGGCACAGAGAGGUUCAAGAGAUACUGCAUCUCUUAUCUCCUCAGAACCAUGGCAACAUAUCCUGUAUAUUGAAUGUUUUCCAGCUAUACAGGUGACUGUUUCAUUCCAGGGCCCACUAUAAAUGGAGGGGAACUCACAGGUGUUUACUAGGCUACCCCCUUCUUCUUCCCACCCCCAACCCGCCCCACAUGCAGCCCUGCUGGGUGAACAGAAUACCACCUAGCCAUCCUCAAUAACAUGACCCCCCUCCUGUACCACACUUACAAUCACUGAUGGGCCCAUUCCUCUCCAGGAUACUGGGAUGCAUCCUAUCUCAAAAAAGACAAUAAACCUGAUGGUCACUGAGAGCAUAAAGAGGAGCAUGCCAUUGAACUGGGUGUAACUGAGGUGCAGGAGGACCUCACAUUAUUAGGAUUGACCAGGAAUGUUCCUGCACAGCCAGCAAAGUAGUAGCACUCCCCGAUGGAAGCUGCCAGUGGGAGUGUAGGGUUCAGCAGAAGCCUGUGGUGAACCUUUCCACAUACACAGAAAUGUGCAAGUGGAGAUCACAUCUCACAGCACAAGUAGCAAUUAUACAUUGAAAGUAAUGCUAGCUGUCCACCAGCAAAAUGGAAACUACUGGCUGGCUGGCUAGAUUCUCCCUCUUCCCUGCAACGUCCUGUCCCUGAUGCCCAAAUUGGAGGAUCUUCCACAGCAGGUUUGGUGGAUACAGUGGGGAGGAAAGCAAGAAGAAGUUUCAUUGCACAACAUGAAAAUAGCCCUAUAUCUUAAUCUCACAGCAACGCUGUAGGGAUAAAUAUAAUGGAGAUAUGUAGAUAUUCUGAAACUGUGUGGUUAGUAAUAGCCACAUCAGUGUCUAAUAUGGAAUAAGUAACUAUGUGACCAAAUAAAAAAAAUGUUUUGUUAGGUAUAUAUGUUACAGUAAACAAACACGCAACUUACUCAGAUGUUAAAAUCUGAGGUAAAUCAUUGUCAGCAUACUAUUGGUAUAUGUUGCAAAGGGAUACGUUCUAUUUUUGAAUAUUUAUUACACAGAAAUAAAACACAUUCCAUUGAAACAUAUGGUAAUAAUAUGCUGACAACUAUUUACCUUAGAUUUUUUUAAAAUCUCUAAAUUGGUUGUGUGUUUGUUUAUAGUAAAACUACAGUAAACGUGAGAGAUGAAUUUCUCACCAUUCUGAAACAACAUUUUAACAUCAACUUAAUUCUCAUUCUCAUUUGGGAGUUUUCAUGUGUUAAUACUUUGCUUCCUACUUUAUCCCAAAGAGUCUACGAGGAAGCCAUAUGCCAUUCAAUACUUAAAAAUAGAAAACAGUAGACCUAUUCCUUUAUACUCUGACGUCAACUGAAAAUACAAAAUUUUCAUUGUGCAUAUUAAAUAAUGCCUGUGUUCAAAUUUCUGUGCAUUUACAUUAUCAUAAAUAAACUGGA